AUGAGAAAAGCUGAGGUGCAAAUGACCCUGAAAAAAGGGGCAGAUGAAGCAGUGGCACCACCAAGUCCCAUCAUCCCCCCAAAACGGUCCAAAGCGAGCCCAGAACAAGUUGUCCCGGAACCUCAAGGACCUGGUUACCACACCCCAACCCCGCCGGUUUUUACACGGAAAAUGAGGAACGCUGCUGUGGGGACAGGCUGUGACAUCCGUCUGAAGGUGACUGUGGCUGGAGAUCCGCAGCCCUCCCUGUAUUGGUACCAUAACGAUGAACUCCUCAACAUGGAGAACCAAGAGUACGGAGGGCUAUGGAUUAGGGAUUGCAAACCGAGUGAUGCUGGUCUCUACACCUGCAUUGCCAACAAUCACCUGGGAGAGGCUCGGAGCAGCGCUGUGCUUGCUGUACUGGAUCUGGGUGAAGAUUCUGAAACAACAGAAGAUGAAGGUGGAGACCAAUAUGAGACCAAAGAAGAUAGCGGGGAUGUUGAGGACCAGGCUGUGCCUGCAGUGAUGGAAAAAUGUGCUGAGGAUGUCAGUAAAACACAUGGACAUGAAGAUCACUCUAACAGGAGCCAGUCUGAGGAUUUUUCAAGAGAAUCUCCCACACAAGUUCUCCCACCCCCAUCUCCAAGACUGGUCAAACGCACCUCCACCUCUCCAAUGCCAAGUCGCUCUGGUUCAACUACUCCUCUUAGCCUGCGGAAGAAAAUCGUUGUGCCAACUGAAUACCAAGACACAGUGCCCGGGGAGUUUGAAGAAAAGGUUAAGCAGCCAAAAUCUGUGUCCCAAAGUAACACCCAAGAUUCCCGACCACAGACUCCACUGAGUGAAUAUUCCAAGAAAGAAUUUACUCUUAGACCCUCUCCAAAGCUUACAAGGGCUAGUUCAAAGGUUUUUGAGAAGGUCCGUGGCUUAGAGGAGCGGAGACGGAGUCUUGAUAUUCCUGAAGGUUCCAUUUCGGGAAGAUCCUGGGCAGGGUUCAAUCGGGCUGGAUCUGUAGAUUCAGAUGAUGGAGGAAGCCAUUUGGGUAUCUCUAGAGAAAGUUCAAGGGAAGAUCUUAGGGAAGCUCUAAAAGAAGAUGCUGCUGAACGAAGGUCUAUGUUUAAACAGAGAGCUGCUUCGCUGGAAGAGAAACCUCGCUACUCUCAAAAAGUUCAGGACAUUGAAAACAAGUUUACUGAGGAGCUCCAACGCAUUAAAAAGCUUGUUGGUAAACCUCAUCUGAAGAAAUCGUUUUCAACUGAACAGCUAACCCUGAAGGUCAAGCAGCGCCAGCCUUUUAGGAAAAUUGAACCUAUUCCUCCUCAGGUCCUGCAAAAACUCCAAGAAAGGGAACGAGUCCAGUGGGCAAAAGAACAGAGAGAAAGGGAACUAAGUAAGCAACCGAUGCAGCAACAGCAGCAAACACAACAAGAGCAGAAAUCUCAACCUCAAAAGACAGCAGACACUGGUUUAACAGCUGUACCAGUUAGUAGAGUUGGAGAAGUUGCAGGCACCCCAGAGUCAAUGCAGUUAUCUGACUUACCAGGACAACGAUCGGUGAGAGAAUUCAAUAGAGUCAGCCCAGUUACAGAAAUUAUUCAACGAUCAUCAUCACCAGCAAUAUAUAAUCAACACAGGGAAGAUUCACCAAGCAGAAAUGUUACAGAGAUGACAUUGCGCAAAGUUGAACGAAGGCCACCGAGUCCUCUUGUACAAAGGGUAUCUCGAAUGCAAGAAUCCCCACACAUCCAAGAGUCUCCUGUACAAACAUCGCAAAAGGAUGAGACUUCGGGGAGAAAGACACCAAUAGAAGUUGCAGUAAGAAAAAUUGAAAACAGACCUGAGAGUCCUCUGGUACAAAAAAGGCCCAUCAUUGUGCAAGAUCUUGCCCCUUCAAAACCUCCAAGAAUAUCACCAAGCUCUCCAACAGAGGAGAAAAUGGAAGUGGAACUUUCUAAACCAAUCUCUAAGAUUAAGGUACCUACAAUUAUUGUUGAAGAUGAAAAAAUGGAAGAGGAUGUUCCUGUAAGCACAAGUGAGCCUAAACAGAAGCGUGCUGGUGCCAAAGAGGGACAACAGCAAAAGUCCAGAGGAAAGAACCGUCGUACACGACCCCUGUCUCCAGAGUUAGAUUCUUCAGAUGAUUCUUAUGUGUCUGCCGGAGAAGACCCCAUGGAGGCUCCUGUGUUUGAGUUUCCCCUCCAGGAUACUGUAGCAUCUGCUGGUGCAGAUGUACUGCUAAGAACUAUAAUUGCUGGAACCCCUAGUCCUGAAGUCACCUGGACUAAAGACAACACUGAGGUCACUGGGAUUGCAAAUUAUGCAGUCAAAGUGGAGGGUGAACGACAUAGUCUUCUCAUCAAAUCAGCUAAAAUAAGUGAUGGGGGAAGAUACUGUGUAACUGCUGUUAAUCAGAUGGGAAGAGCUUCAAGCAGUGCCACUCUUAUAGUUAAAGCAGAUUCUGUGCAGGAACCAAAGGGAAACUUGGGUGUUCCUAUGGAUAUCAGCAGCCCUAUUACAUCUGAUGAAGAGUAUCUCAGCCCCAUGGAAGAAGUCAUGGACUUUGGAGGGCCAGAGCCAAGGCGAACUAUUGACACACGUUUUAGGAAACCCCCUGCAUUCUUGGUAACAAUGAGUGAUCAAGCUGUCAUUGAGGGACAGGAAGUCACCAUGUCUGUCCGAAUAAGUGGACAACCCAAACCUAUGCUGUAUUGGCUGAGGGACAGAGUGACGGUAAAAACAGGCCCACGUCACAUUGUACGUGAGAUGAAGGAUGGCGCCUUUGAAAUGACAAUCAAGUCGGCAGUGAAGUCAGACUCUGGGAUUUACACUUGUAGGAUUAUUAAUGAGUAUGGGACGAAGCAGUGUGAAGCAAAACUGGAGGUGAAAGCACCACCAGUGGAGCCAGGUCUCGCAGUUAUCCGGGCAGUCAGGGACAUCACAGCCAAAGCUGGUGAGACUGUUUUGUUUGAGUGUCACGUCAUUGGACCAAAGGACACGGAUGUGGACUGGCUUGCAGAUGGGAAACUGAUCCAGCCAGCUUUGCUCAACUGUAAAAUGCACUUUGAUGGAAGAAAGUGCCGCCUGCUGCUUAACUCUGUACAUGAAGAUGAUAGCGGAACAUACAUGUGCAAACUCAGCACAGCUAAAGAGGAAGUGACCUCAUGUGGCAAACUCAAAGUCAUCCCCUCCCUCGAACCUCUCUUUACUCGCAAUUUGGAUGUUUUGGAAGUAAUUGAGGGGCGCAACGCUCGAUUUGACUGCAAAGUCAGUGGGACGCCACCUCCUAAAGUCACCUGGAGCCACUUUGAUCAUUUACUUACAGAAAGUGAGGACAUUCGUAUUCUUCAGGAGGGUGGCCGCCAUUCUCUCGUCAUUUCUCACGUCACCAGCGAUGAUGAGGGUUUUUACACUGUCAGAGCCCGUAACAGUCACGGCGAGGCAGAGAGCUCUGCUGAACUUUACAUACAGGAGCCGCGUCCAGCCAUCUCCUCACAGAUGGCUAAAUUGGAGAAAAUGCCCUCCAUACCUGAAGAGCCAGAGGUCCCAGAGAAUGAGGUGGAGCGUUUCACCAUGCCUGACUUCAUCAAACCCCUUUAUGACCUGGAUGUGAUUGAGGGAAAAGAGGCUGUGCUCAAAUGCAAAGUGGCUGGUUUGCCGUAUCCAACUAUCGCCUGGUUCCACAAUGGAAAGAGGAUUGAAAGCACAGAGGACAGAAAGAUGACACAGUUUCGUGAUGUUCACAGCCUGGUCAUCCGCUCUGUGUGCCAUGCCCACGGUGGUGUCUACAAGAGUGUCAUCUCUAACAAAGUUGGGAAGGCCACCUGCUAUGCUCAUCUCUACGUUACAGACAUCCUCCCUGACCCACCUGAUGGGACUCCAGUCAUAGAAUCCAUUACUGGCAAAACCAUCACCUUGAGCUGGAAGAAACCAAGGAGGCUGGACCCUUCCAUUGAUCCCAGCUCUUUGAUGUAUGCCAUCCAACAGCAAGCCUUAGGCUCCAUCCAGUGGAUCAUCAUAGCUUCAGGCCUGAAGGAGACAACUUACACCAUCACAACACUCUCCAAAGGUGUGCGCUAUGCUUUCAGGGUACUCACCAUCACCUCCAAGGCUUUCAGCAAGCCCUCACCAGCUACUGACCCAGUGCAGCUCCUGGACAGAGGUCCUUAUCUGCAGGAGGCUCCAGUGAUUAUCGAUAAGCCAGAAACUGUAUAUGUGAUGGAAAACCAGUCGGUCACUAUCUCGAUGACUCUCAAUCAUGUUAAUGCUUCAGUCAUCUGGAAAAGGAGAGGAGUGGUCCUGGCCAACAAGCCAGGCCUGUAUGAGAUGACAAUGCCAGAUGACGACCAGCACACGCUGAAGCUGCUGAAAGUGAAGAGUGCUGACAUCGGAGAGAUGGAGUUUGUGGCCUCCAAUAAGUAUGGCAGUGACAGCUGCAAAUUCAUUGUGGAGAUGGCAGCUCCACCAACAUUUGAGACCAUUAUGGAAGAUUUGGAUGUUUGUGCUGGGGAUACCCCUCGCUUUGCUGUGGUCGUGGAGGGAAAACCCAUCCCUGACAUCUUGUGGUUCAAGAAUGAUAUCCUGCUGUCAGAGAGCAGUCAUUACACGUUUGUGUAUGAUGAUAAUGAAUGCUCCCUGGUGGUUCUAAAUGCUCGUCUGGAAGACUCCGGGGUUUACACCUGCACAGCAAGGAACUUAGCUGGAUCUGUAUCCUGUAAAGCUGAACUCACCAUUCAUGAAGCUAAAAGUAAAGAAGAUCCCAUGGACGAUGAGGAAACUAUUCUAAGGAAAAUGCGCCGACUGACUGAUUACUAUGACAUCCACAAGGAAAUUGGAAGAGGUGCUUUUUCCUAUGUGAAACGUGUGACCCAGAAGGCAGACAAGAUGGAGCACGCUGCAAAGUUUAUUUCCACGCGGGCCAAGAAGAAGACAUCCGCUCUGAGAGAGAUGAAGCUGCUUUCCAAGCUGGACCACGAGAGAGUGCUUUACUUUCAUGAUGCCUUUGAGAAGAAGAAUGCUGUUGUCAUCAUCACUGAAAUAUGCCACGAGGAGCUGCUUGACAGAUUUACAAGAAAAUCUACAGUAAUGGAGUCUGAUGUUCGUUCAUGUAUUAGACAACUUCUUGAAGGAUUGGACUACCUUCAUCAUUUGAACAUCAUACACCUGGACAUCAAGCCUGAAAACAUCCUCAUGGCGGACCCCCAUGGUGAUCAAAUCCGACUCUGUGAUUUUGGCAACGCGGUGGAGAUCACACCUGAUGAAGCUCAAUACUGCAAAUAUGGCACACCAGAAUUUGUUGCACCAGAAAUUGUCAAUCAGAGCCCCGUGUCAAAAGCAACAGAUAUAUGGCCUGUUGGAGUAAUAGCAUAUCUGUGUCUCACCAGUGUAUCUCCAUUUGCUGGCGAGAAUGAUCGCAGCUCUGUACUGAACAUCAGAAACUAUAACGUGGCUUUUGAGGAGAGCAUGUUUGCCGAUCUUUGCCGAGAAGCUAAAGGGUUCAUCAUAAAGCUGCUGGUGGCUGACAGACUGCGACCAGACACCCAGGAAUGUCUCAGACACCCCUGGUUCAAGACCCUUAGUAAGGGGAAGGCCAUAAGUACAGAGGCCUUAAAGAAAUUUGUAUCUCGCAGGAGGUGGCAGCGUUCUCUGAUCAGCUAUAAAUCCAAAAUGGUCAUGAGGUCCAUACCCGAAUUGCUAAAUGAUUCCUCCAGCCAUGUUUCCAUCGCAAUUCCCAGGCACCUUAAAGAGGGUUCGCCACCGCCAUCAUCUUCCUCUGAUUCUGAUGAGGACAUAGAUGAACUACCUUUUAUUCCAAUGCCACUUAACAUGGACUUCUCUGGAUCAAGGAUGUCACUGAAUGACAUUCAGACCAGUGAGCAGGAGGCAGGGAAGCAGAACGGAGCAAGUAACUGGUCUGGGUCUUCUGUUCAAGGCCAGGAGGCAAUGGAGUGUGAUCCCAAAGAAAUGGAUAAAGAAGGACUUGAAGUAGGAGGCAAAGGCCGCCUGAGGAAAAGAUCAUCACAACCCAAUGAAAAGGGUUCUUCAGAUGAGGAAGAAUCACCUGCUGAAUUGCCCCAAAAAUCAGAGCUGUCUAGAAAACCACUGAGACGAGGUUCAAGCAUGGAGUCAGACAAACCAGAAGGUGGACGACGAAGAGGAGAGCUAAGGCGUGGUGGCUCAGCUGAUAGUGCAUUGAUGCUUCGGAUUACACCAGAAGAAGCACCUGGAGAAGGAAGUCAAGAUGAUGGCAGAAGAGUUCUGAAGAAAGCUGUCUCUAUGGAACUACCAAAAAGGAGCACCAGCCCAGGAACUGCCAAGAUGAGCCAAGAAGACUAUGCUCUCAAACUGGAGCUGAUGAGGCAACGACUGCUUCGUGGUGGCUCUGUGGACAACAAGAUGAGUGGACUGAGAGGACCUCUGUUGGAAACAUUAGGAAUGGGAGAUGAAAAACGUGCAGUGUCCUCAGAUCGGUAUUCUCGUACAGUCCGUUUGGGCCCACCUCCACUAACAAGAGCUGCAUCCAGUGAUUUCCCAAGGGAUGAAGUUCCUAAACCAAAAGUUUUGCGCAAAAGCACUUCUUUCAGUCAGGGGGAUUCAGAACCCAUACCUUUACACCGCCGUUCAGGAGCUCCUCUGGAGAUUCCCUUGGCACAGAUAGAAGAGAGAAGGCUCAAGGAAGCUAUAUCUAUGUCAUCUCUAACAGAGCAAACCAAGCUAGACUCCCGCCCAGUGACUCCCAGGGAGCCUUCACCAAAACCGCCAACACCAGAGUCGGUUUUGCAGGAAAGUCCAACCAAAACUGAGAGUGAGGAAUCGUUUUUGGAAAAAGAGAUAAAGCCAGAUGAGACUAUAAGUGAAAAGAUGGAAGGGCUGACCACAGAUAGCAAUUUUGAUGAGAGAUCAAGCACCAGUGGAUUCUCAGAGAAGGACAUGAGUAUUUCAGAAGAACCAAUGAUGGAAUCAGAGUCUGUAGGUCAGAGAAUUCCUACACCUCCUUCUAUGGUCCAAAGUCCUGCAUUGGAAGAGAAAAUGGAAGAGGAAGAAGAGGGAGAAAAGAAGCAUGAAGAAAAGGAAGAGUUAAUGAAAGAAGAAGAGGAAAGAGUUGAUACUGUCACUGAAUCAAACACUAAGGAAAACGUAAAAGUUGCUAUAGAACAUAUAGAAGAGAAAGUAACUAUCCCUGAGAAAUCCCCUGAGGUGACAAUAACCACAAGCUCAUUUAUGCUGAGACCAACACAAGAAUAUUCCAUUUCCCCAGGAAAAGUUGUUUCAGCGUAUGUGACACCCUCGCUUCCUGCUCGAGUUGUUCUGCCAGAUGGAAGGACUUCAGCAUAUGCCAGUAUAAUGCAGACUAUGAUGGUCCCCACACUUCAGCCACUCAGUGAGCCACCGCUAAGCCCUUCUACACCUGUUGUUACUCCAACGAUUUCAUCAUCCCCAGUAUCAGCUGGUAUAUCUUCCCCUGCCAGCUCUGAAAUACCUGGUCCACCAAAGCCAGCCACCGUUUCAACCACUGAGCACCCUGCUGUAUAUUCCAGAGUAGCAUCACCAGAGAUGAUAACAAAAGAACCCACGCCACCCAAGACUGUUACAUAUUCUUCAGCCCAAGAAGGGCUUUUAGCAGGAGCAGACCUACAGGAUAUCACCUCUGAAGAGGUCUUUGAGGCACGCUUUAAAAAACGUGAAUCUUCUCUCACCAGAAGUCUAAAGUUUCUGUCACGCUCAAAGCAAGAUGAUGGAUUACAAGCUGCUGCAGAUUCUACAGAGAAAAGUGAAGAGAUAUACAGACCUGGGCCAACAGGUGCACCUUUAGAAUUAAAACCAAGAAGACUUGAGGAGAAGUCAAAGUCAGUCCAGGAUCUUCGUGAAGCUCAAAAGGACCAAGGCUUUAUGAGAAGGCUCUCAAUGCGCUUGAAGAGGACUCCAUCAACAGAGCGCAAAGAGGAAAUGAUGAAGGAAGAUGAUUCUGUUGCCUCAAGACGUAGGCUUUCUUGGACUCUUGGCCGAAGAGGGUCUCAGGAAAAGAAAGAAGUAGAGAUGUCAAGAAUGGAUGGGGGAACUGAUAGAUUGGUGGAAAAUGAUGAAAAAGAGAUUAAGAAACCAAAUGAAUCACCAGUGUUGGCAAUGCGCAGGAAAAUUGAAUCAACAGUUGCUGGGAUCUCUACAAGAAUCCGCAGCUACUCAGAGGAGAGAAGAGCAUCAGAAGAAAAGGAACCCAAGAGGACACCCAUUCUUUCCAUGCUUCGUCGUUCAACAUCAGAGAGCCGUGCAACGAAGGUUCCUCAGAACCAGCUAGCAUCUCAGGCCACUAAUGGUGCCUCAACCGAGUCUCUAGAGUCUAUGUCCAGCCUAAAAUCAGACACAGCAAAGGGCUUGGAGGCUGAGCGCAGAUCCCGCUGGGAUCGAUGGGGCCUGACUAGAGGGAGGCGAGAUAAGACAGUAUCACAGCCUGACAUACCAACAGCAAUCUCCAGAGAUAGUAGCUCCUUACGUUCACGCCAAUACUCCAAACUGGCUUCUGAUUUCCCUCCAGUAUUCCAUAUCAAACUGAGAGAUCAUGUGCUGCUGGAGGGAGAUCCAGUGACACUCAGCUGUUUGCCAGCUGGAAGUCCCCACCCACACAUUACCUGGAUGAAAGAUAAGAAGCCCCUAGAGAUUGAUGCCAGGAUGAAUAUGAUUGCUUGUCCUGAUGGCCGGCAGCUGCUGAUGAUCAUGCAGACCACCAAAAAGGACGCAGGGGUCUAUGAAUGUGUGGCUACGAACCCGCUGGCCUCAGUAUCAAGCUCUUGCACAAUAUCUCUUGCACGCCUGCCCAACCGUCCUGGGACCCCAGAGAUUCCUCAGAAAUACAACAACACUGCACUGGUUCUGUGGAGGCCUUCAGACACAAUGGCCCCCUGCACAUACUCUCUGGAGAGGCGAGCAGAGGGUCUGUGUUUGCAAUAAUUCUGUAAUCUAGAUGAACACUGCUGUGAGACCAACUGGCUGAUUGUGGCCACUGGGAUAGCAGACUGUUAUUACAAUGUGACUGACUUACCAGCAGGGGGCUCCUUCAGAUUCAGGGUGGCAUGUGUCAACAAAGCUGGCCAGGGCCCCUACAGCAACCUCUCAAAGGUCUUGAGCAUGGAUGCCUCAGAACCAGCUAAAUCCAGUGCCACAGUAGUGGUGAAGACUGUUCCUGCAAUUUCUCCUCCUCCCCCUGCUGUAAUGAUGUCAUCCAUGAAAGUGCCUCCCAUGAAACUAGCUCCCAGUAAAUCCACAACAGUGACAAAUGCCCAACUUGCCCCUCCAUCAACAUCAGCUCCUGCUCCACCUUUGGUUAAAUCUGCCUCUCCAGUAACCACCAGUCCUGCUGUUAGUACUGCCCCGGCAGAGCAGGCUCCUGUUAAGACCACAACAACUGCCCAAGCCCCGCCAGCCAAAGCCAAGAGCUCUAUUAGCAUCAGUGUGAGCAAACCCCAGACAAAACUAACACCCCCGCCUGUUGUUCCACCCAAACCUCAGAGUCCAGUACAUACUGUCCCCCAGUUGACCAACAAACCUCCCUCCCCUGUUCCACCACCUGCACCUAUAAUAGGGAAACCUAUUUCAUCUGUGCCAAUGUAUGUGCCAGCUGCCACUGCUCGUGCUACUCCACCUUCCCAAACUACUUCCACCCCAACAACUACCACCCCUUCAGUCACUCCCGCAACCAUCUCCCCACCCGUGGUGGUGGUGCAGAGCUUGACACCAGUGUUGCAAGGAGGGGACACCCGCUCUACCCCAUCUGGACGGAUCACUCCAUCAGGACGGAUCACACCAUCAGGACGUAGGACCCCACUGGGGAAGCCUGGAGAGGGAUCUCUGCGUCAGGGAGUUCCACAGAAACCGUAUACAUUCAUGGAUGAGAAAGCAAGAGGUCGGUUUGGUGUGAUCCGUGAAUGUCGAGAGAACGCCACAGGCAACCUUUUCAUGGCUAAGAUUGUUCCAUAUGAGGCAGACAGCAAGCAGGCAGUGCUGCAGGAAUAUGACAUUCUCAAGUCGCUUCAUCACGAAAGGAUCAUGGCUCUACACGAAGCCUAUGUCACACCACGCUACCUGGUGCUUAUCUCUGAGUACUGCAGUGGGAAGGAGCUGCUCUACAGCCUUAUAGAUAGAUUCCGUUACUCGGAGGACGAUGUGGUAACCUAUGUCGUGCAGAUCCUCCAAGGUUUGGACUACCUCCACGCUCGACGCAUCCUCCACCUGGACAUCAAGCCGGACAAUAUCAUUGUCACCUAUAUGAAUGUCAUCAAGAUCAUUGACUUUGGCAGUUCUCAGACAUACAACCCUCUCUUCCUGAAGCAAUUCAGUCCUCCUGUUGGAACACUGGAGUACAUGUCUCCAGAGAUGUUGAAAGGGGAUGUUGUGGGCCCUCCAGCUGACAUCUGGAGUGUAGGCGUGCUUACUUUCAUCAUGUUGAGCGGCAGGUCGGCUUUCAUGGAUAAUGAUCCUCAGGAGACUGAAGCCAGAAUCCAGGCAGCAAAGUUUGACCUCUCUAAACUUUACCAGAAUGUGUCCCAAAGUGCCUCUCUGUUUCUUAAAAAGAUCCUCUGUAGCUACCCAUGGGCCCGUCCAUCCAUCAAGGACUGCUUCAGCAACUCCUGGCUUCAAGAUGCCUACUUGAUGCGCCUUCGUAGGCAAACUCUUACCUUUACAACCACCCGUCUCAAGGAAUUCUUGGCUGACCAGCAGCGCAGGCGAGCGGAGGUGGCAACCAAGCACAAAGUUCUCCUGCGGUCUUACCAGAGCUCGCCACAAACCCCCACUAGCCCUGCCACACCGAAUGUGCCAGUAUCACCCACUGAACCUGUCACCUAGUGAAAAGAACUUCCACACACCAUUGUGGCAGGACUUCAUGGUGGGAAUGGGGGGCAAACAUCCUCCAAGCGAGAUCAAACUUGAGGCUACAGUGAGGUGGUCCCUCCAGGUCUGACUUGAACUUAAUCAGAAGAAGAAAAACUCACAAAACCAGCAAUGGCUGUGAUCUACAGAAACAUAAUUUCUAUUUCUUAUCUGGUUCUAAAAGAGAAUCUAAUGCAUUAAGGAACUCUCUGAAAGAGCCUGACUGCAUUUUGUAUACCGUGAACCUUGUUCAUACAGGGCAGGCUGUUCUUUUCAAGCUAGUACCUCAAGGUUUGCAACUUUGCAAACAUUUUUGAAUUAAUUCCUUUCUUACUGUUGGCUGAACAUUGUAAAGAGAGGAAAAACAAAUAGAGUGUGGUAACCGGCCAUAAUUUAGUAGAAAAGCUCAUUUAAUUCCUCAGCAAAAAGCUCUUA